AUGCAAACCCGCCUCACUCUCAUCGUAGCCGCUACCGUCAACAACGGCAUCGGAAAAAAUGGCACAUUGCCGUGGAGGUUACCAAAGGAGAUGCAGUACUUCGCUCGGGUCACGUCAGAGGCGCCAGAGGGCGAACUGAAUGCGGUCGUGAUGGGGAGGAACACCUGGGAGAGUAUCCCCGCUAAAUUCAAGCCGCUCAAGCAACGGCUGAACAUCAUCAUCAGCAGCAAGAAGGAGUAUCAGCUGAUGCCACCUGGAGCCGCUGUGACCGCACCGAUCAGCCUUCAGCCGAGCCUGCAGGCUGUGAUCAACAAGUUGGCAACACCCAGCUCCCUACACCGCGUCUUCGUGAUUGGAGGGGCCUCAAUUUACAGGGAAGCCCUGGCCCUGCCGCCGACAUCUCCGGUAUACGUCGACCGCGUUCUUCUAACGCGGGUCAUCUCGCCGGAGUUCGAAGAGUGCGACGUGUUCAUGCCUGACUUCCAGGGCGAAGCGGAGGGGAAGGCGUGGAGGAGAGCGACACAUGAGGACUUGAGGACAUGGGUGAACUGGGAGGUGCCGGAGGGCCCCCAAGAAGAGAACGGAAUGGCAUACGAGUUUCAAAUGUGGAUCCGAGCAACUGAGUAAGGGUAGUAGCGCAUGUCUUCACAUUAUGGGUGUAUAUAGUUAUGCCUUCGUAUGCACGAGCGUUGCCAACGGAAACAACGCCCGUUCUCCCUGGGCCCUUCAUACUAUCCCUGACGCUGCUUGUGUUUAGGAUUCCGACUGCAGAUCACGUAUACCCGGCCUUUCCGUAUAACGACGGAGCACCCUUCACACAUGGGCUUGACCGAGGAGCGCACUUUCAU